AAUUAACACCGCAUCAAAGAAUUAUCUCAAUCGUCGUCUCUCCCCAAUUCAAAAAAAGAAAUAACCUAAACGUGUUCACACAGAGAUCUCGAGAUGAAAGAUAACCAAACGGAAGUUGAAUCGAGGAGCACUGAUGAUAGAUUGAAAGUUAGAGGGAACAAAGUUGGAAAGAAAACAAAGGAUCCAAACAGGCCUAAGAAACCACCAAGUCCUUUCUUCGUCUUCCUGGACGAUUUCCGAAAGGAGUUUAAUCUGGCUAACCCUGACAACAAAUCCGUCGGUAAUGUUGGUAGAGCAGCUGGAAAGAAAUGGAAAACCAUGACUGAAGAAGAAAGAGCACCUUUUGUAGCAAAAUCACAGAGCAAAAAGACUGAGUAUGCUGUGACUAUGCAACAGUAUAACAUGGAACUGGCUAAUGGAAACAAGACAACUGGAGAUGAUGAGAAACAAGAGAAAGCUGCUGAUGAUUAGGAAGUUGGAUCAGUGAUUUGUGUAUCAACUAUAUCUGUUGUUUUAUGUCAACUUUUAGCUAGCUUUUAGGGAGAACAAUUGUUACAUUCCUGUUUUAUCCUUUCUGUCAACUGUGGGAUUAUUCAGAUGUAACUUUGGAUUUAGCUUUGAGCUUCAAUUCCACCUUUUAUGAGAUCAUAUCAUAUGUUUGCAAUCUUAUUUUGCUCUCUCUAUCAUUGGUGAAAAGUCAAAC